CUGAUUCCGGUGCGUAUGGUUUGGAACACAUGUGCAGGCGUGCUAGAGAAAGCAAAACAAAUGCUACAAAUUGCAUAAGACACAUUAGUGCUAUAGGUGGUUGUCACUGACUGUUAUGGACGGGGUCCGGUGGGCGUUCCGCUGCGGUUCGUGGGCACCGACCCGUUCCGAGUGGACCCUGGCGGCCCGCUGCGUGCAGCCGGAGGAGAAAGAACGAAUCGGGCAGUUCGUGUUCGCCAAAGACGCCAAAUCUGCCAUGGCGGGUCGUCUGCUGAUCAGAAAGCUGGUGUGUGAGAAGAUGGGUUUUGCAUGGGACGGGUUUCGUCUGGAAAGAACCGCACGGGGUAAACCUUUCCUUCCACGGACCUCAUCCACUCCCGGCGUCCCCCAUUGGAACUUUAACGUGUCCCAUCAGGGAGAUUAUGCUGUGUUGGCAGCAGAAGCGGGACGCCAGGUGGGCGUAGAUGUGAUGAAGACCAGCAGACCAGGCAGUAGCUCCGUUCAGGAGUUUUUCCGCAUCAUGAAUCGUCAGUUCACGGAUCUUGAGUGGACGAACAUACGGAAGGCCGGAUCAGACUGGGACCAGCUGGACAUGUUUUAUAGGCACUGGACGUUGAAGGAGAGUUUCAUCAAAGCGAUUGGCACAGGGCUGGGCUUCGACCUGCAGAGGGUGGAGUUUCACAUCUCGCCCAAUCAGAUGCGAGAGGGCCAAGUGUACCAGCUGACACGAAUGUACCUGGAUAAUGAAGAGGAGGACUGGACAUUUGAGGAGAGCUUAUUGGACAAAGAUCAUCACGUCGCCGUGGCGCUGGGAAAGCCAGAUAUCAACACGUCUGAAGGGGAGGCUGGGACUGUUUGUGAAGCUCCGCCCCUUUCAUUCACACUGUUGAGUUUCAGUGAUCUGGUGUCUAAAGCCACGCCCCUUCUAGAGGAAGACCCCGCCUACUGGGAGAGAUUUCAGAGCAAAAAGGAAGCACCUUCAAGACAAAGUGAACAGCAGUGAAUACAUUUAUAUAUAUAUAAUUUGUUCUUUUGAGGUCCUUCCUGUUCUUCCAUCUUUUUUUAACUCCGUCUUUAAAAAAAAAAGUGACUAUUUGAUGACCCUUCAGCUUUAUUACUUAUUUUCACAAUGACAAUGAGCAUUGUUCAUAAAAGUCAACUUGAAGUUUGUUUUCAUAUUUCAACAAUCUUUUAGACAUCUUUUGUUAUCAACGGAUUCGUUUCGGUAGACAAAAAUUAACAAUUGAUGAUGUUUGUGCUGCUGUUUUCCCUCCAAAAUGAUGUCACUUCCUGGAGGAUGAUGUCAUCAAGGACCUGGCUUUAUUAUACAUAUACGUAAAAUUGUAAAUAAAAAAUUUAACUUUUUCAUAAAAUGUGAAUGAUUAUUAAAUUACCAUAGCUGUUUCCAC